AUGUCACUGUUCACGGGUUUCAGAAGUGAAAUACCGAAAUCACGAUUCUUCGAAUUGUCUAGUUUUGGCUCGAUAUCCUCCUGCGGGAUCACCCUAAGAACCUCUUGUAAUGUGCUCACGGCGGCGACAGGGCUUGAAUCCAGUUGGAUGGCUCUAUGCACUGAAGAGGUCUCGGCUUUGUUCGUCGCCGGUAACAGAGGGGAUCUUUCCAUAAUGGAUUCUGGGAUUUCGGAGAUACCCUCUUCCAUUGAAGCUAUGCCCGACGUUCAUGGGUACAUGGGUAACAUUUCAAAACUCUCGUUCGGUCUCGACUCUCCUCCGAGUGCUCCAGCCACAAGAGUCAUCUCGGAACUCUGUCUUGCGAGAUCUAAACAGAGGUAUGCUUUUGGAACUUCGAGGGCCGAGGCUGCUGGUUGUGCUUGGGCCAUCGUUGCUUGGAAUAAGGCAGUCAAUGCCUUCUCCAUCUCCUUCCAAUGA